AUGUCAGAACAUUUUAGAUGGUUUCUUGAAAAAAAUGAAUCUUUUAAUAUGGAAAAGGAUUUACAACAAAGAAGUACUAGGAAAGAAGAAUUAACAUUAGUAAACACAUUUUACAAGCAAAAAAACCAAACAACAAAUGAAGUAAAUAUACCUACCCAAACUGAAAGUCAAUUUCAAGAAACUAAUAGAGAAGCAUCAAAAAAGAAGAAUGAACAUUAUCCAAUUUCAAGAAACCAAGAGAGAAGCACUAGGAAAGAAGAAUGGAUAUUAGUAAAUACAUUUUACAAGCAAGAAAACCAAACAACAGAUGAAGCAUUAGUAAACACAUUUUACAAGCAAGAAAACCAAACAACAAAUGAAAUAAAUAUACUUACCCAAAAUCAAAAGUCAAUUUCAAGAAACUCAGAGAGAAGCACCAGAAAAGAAGAAUGGAUUCCAAUUCCAAGAAACCAAGAGAGAAGCACCAGAAAAGAAAAAUGGAUGUUAGUAAACACAUUUUACAAGCAAGAAAACCAAACAACAAAUGAAGUAAAUAUACCCAUCCAAAAUCGAAAACCAAUUCCAAGAAACCAAGAGAGAAGUACUAAGAAAGAAGAAUAG